AUGGCGAAAAAAAAAGUGAAAAGCGGUUGGUCGGAUAUGCUACCAGAAUUGUUGGAUCUGGUUCUAAAUAAGUUAGUCCUGAUGGACUACCUUAAGUGUCGACAAGUGUGUCGGUCCUGGAGAAACAUAGUUAAUGAUGCAAUCAAGAACAAAUGUCCCUUUGUUCCUCAACUCCCAUCCCUGUUGUUGCUUCCACCAGCUUUUGAUUGCAACGAAAACCUUUUCACCCUUAUGGACAUCACACAGUACAACCAUAUUAAUCAACAAUUCAUGAUCCCACCUCAAGCUUGGGAAGGUGAUUCUGUAUUUGUUCUGUUAGAAGAAGAUGGCUGGUUGAUGUUCGAAGACAAUCAUCAGGUGUUGUGGAUUUUCAAUCCAGUGUCUCAAGAAACGUAUAAGCUCCCACAAAUACCACUAUUGCACAUUGAAGAUCAAAACCCCCCCUCCAUUAUUCCUAUUACUAUUAGAUUUGCUUUAUUCUCUUCUCAAAGCUUGUUGGUGGUGAUAUGUUUUUCUUAUGUUGAUGAUAAAGAUGGAUUGAUCUCACAACUCAUAUUUUGCACGGUCGACAAUGACAAGUCAUGGACUAGCAUUGAUAAAAAUGAGACUCGUUUUGAGUUUACGGAGAUGGUGCUUCUUGGAUGGAAAUUGUAUGCUAUGAACGCAGAUACUAUGACUAUUUUCAAUCUCAAAGACCCCAAUGUCAUUACAACUGAAAAGUUGGUUAUGCCGUUACCAAAGGUGGAAGUUGAUGAAGAUGGUGGAGAAAGUGUAGUAUGCAGUCUAGCAAGAGAUUCUACAUGUGGGCAAGUGUUGCUAGUUUUUUUUAAAACCAAGGGCCUUGAGGAAGUAGACAUUCCCAUCUUCAAGUUGGACAUGAGUAGCCGAAAAUGGAUAAAGCUAGAUAAUUUGAAUGGUCGUGCCUUGUUUUUGGAUUGUGGAAGGGCUCAAGUUAUUUCCACCGCAAACUUUAAUGUUCCACCAGAGUUUAUCCGAAGAAAAGACAAUUGUAUAUUUUUCUCAAUUUAUUUAGACGACAUGAACCCUUAUAUUGGGGUCUACUUUUUAAAGGAAAAAACAUCUGAGCUAUUAAAUGUCAAUUUCCCCUCUUCAAUAACCUCAUGCCGAGCUUUGUGGUUUACUCCUUGUCCUUGGUAG